AUUAAAACGAAGUUUUCUUUAUUUUUUAGCCCAUAUUUAAACAAGCACAAAAACAUGUAUAAGCGUUGCCACACCAGAGGAGAGAGAGAGAGAGAUGGGGUUGGAAACACUUUCAUCUAAUAAUGAACUCCUCAACUUGAUAAUCUAUAACACCGCAACCCCUUUUAGCUUCCAUGAAACCACUACCUUCCACAACCACCACCCUCCUCCCAUAGAAAUUAUCACCUAUAAUUCUUCAUCCCCAACAGCCGCGCAACCACACAGCAGCAUGGAAAACGAUCAAAAGUCAGCCGUAGAAGGUGGAGGGAGGAAGAAGAAGAAGAGGAGGAAGAAGGGUAGGGUGUCUAAAAACAAAGAAGAAGCAGAGACUCAAAGAAUGACACACAUUGCCGUCGAGAGGAAUCGCCGGAAACAAAUGAACCACCAUCUCUCCGUCUUGCGUUCACUCAUGCCGGAAUCUUACGUCCAAAGGGGUGAUCAAGCUUCAAUAGUUGGUGGUGCGAUAGAAUUUGUGAAGGAGCUUGAACACCUAUUGCAAUCUCUUGAAGCCCAAAAGUUUCGCUUAACUCAACAACAAGGAGAUCCAAUCAUUCAUGACCACAAUAGUAAUUUUGCCACUAAUCCUACCCUAGGACGUGACAUACCACAACUACCCCUCCAUUUGUACAAACUUUUCUCGUACCCACAAAACACAUCUCAGUAUCCCCAACAAAAAAGGUUAACUCCACUCUCGAAAAUGGUUGUUUUCUUGCAAAAAUCUCGACUUUCCGUACUCCACCUCAAUAUCACCACCUUAGACCCGUUGGUGCUCUACUCCAUCAGUCUUAAGGUAGAAGAAGGAUGUUGGCUAAAUUCAGCAGAUCAAAUAGCAGGUGCUGUCCACCAGAUUCUUGCACUUAUUGAGGAGGAAGCUAUUCUGUGUAUUGACUCAAAAUAAUUGAAAUGGCUACAUGUUAUUUUCCGGAUUUACCCCUAUGACUAGGCUAAAUUACUUUAAUGCCAUUGCCAUCCGCCUAGAGCUUCCCAUCCCUCGUUUUAAUGUACAACAUUAGUUGUACUAAAAUGUUUUUCAUGUGGGCGUAGUUGUAUACUUAAUAGAACGUAUUUCUGGUUAAUUUUAUUUUAAUAAAUAUAUUUUAGGACUAUAAUCUAAUAAUUUAUAGGGACAAUCACAACAUGACCACAUGGUGUUGAGAAAUAUAGGGAAAUAAAACAAUUUUUACCUAUUUACUUAAGGGUUUAUAACUUCUACUGGUUAUGCACUUUGCCUUGUACACAUUUAGUUAUAAAAAUUUUAUUGUAUGUAAUUUAUCAUUAAACUCUCGUAGCUUGUUUAAAAUAUACCGGUAUUAUUGAGUAUUAUAGAUAUUGCCAAUUUUUUUUUGGUUUGAGUUGCACCAUCGGUCAUCUUUUACAACCAUCUUCCUCAACUUGCACAUUUGAUUUUGGAUCCCCAAACCUCUUAGAGGAAUGAGAUAUGAGGUGAAGAUGUUUGUUCAACUUUGAGCACCAAAAUUCAGCAAGUUUAAAAAUGAGAUAUAUAGGUUCUUGAGUUCAUUAGAUUGCAC